GUAUUUAGAGGUUCGGAAACAUCUGGGGCAAAAUGAACUGGUUAAAGAUUGGAGGCUUUACUCUGGGAGGUGCAGUUUUAUUAGCGGUGGGCCUAUUGAUUGGUCACUUUGGCAUUACGAACAAUACUAAACCAAGCUGGGUAGAUGAUCUAUCUAAGGACCUUGAUGAAGAGUUUAUCCGGGAAUUCAUGAAUGAGGUGGACAAUCGGCAGAUCGAAGAAAAACUGAGAGUCCUCUCCAAGAAGCCUCAUGUGGCAACGAGCCAGGCUGACGAGGAGCUGGUAGCACUGAUCCUGUCUCGGUGGAACAAUUCUGAGUUUGGUUUGGAUUAUGCUAAAGAAGAAAGAUAUGACGUCUUCCUGUCAUUUCCCGAUAGCCAGAAUCCUAACAGUGUCAAAGUGUUGAAUCCAGAUGGUAAUGCUCUGUUUACCUCCCAACGUGCGGAAUCGGCUCUCACCGAUGACCAAAAGGACCCUGACAUCUUACAACCAUUUGUUGCAUUUGCUCCUAAUGGAACUGUCAUGGGCAAAUUGGUUUAUGCAAAUGAAGGCCGGAUAAGUGACUUUGAGUACUUGGCUAACAGGACCAACCUGAAUGGUACCAUAGCCAUCGUACGAUACGGUGGGAUAGGCAGAGUAACCAAGGCCAUUAAUGCUGACAAAUUCGGAGUGACAGGGGUAAUAAUUUACACCGACCCCAAAGAUAUUAACGAUGGGAAGAGCGACCCCACUGAAACGUACCCCAAUUCCUGGUAUAUGCCCUCCUCGGGUGUAGAACGGGGUUCAUUCAAGGAGAAUUUUGGAGAUCAGCUGACGCCGUAUUAUCCUGCUAAAAAUUUUACUUACAGAAUUCCAGAAUCCCAAAUCAAAGGCCUUUCGCCUAUACCGGCUCAGCCAAUAGGAUUUGAGGACGCCAAAAAGCUUAUAUGUGCGCUUGCCGGAACUCCUGCUCCAGGUAGCUGGCAGGGCUCACUGGGGUGCGUCUAUCACACCGGUCCUGGCUUUAGGGGAGACACUAACUUCACUAAUAGCGACGUCCAGGUCAACGUUUAUAAUAAAAGAGUGAUAAAAUCUUCAGCCAAUGUGAUGGGAAUAAUCAGAGGAUCCAUAGAACCAGAUAGGUACGUUAUGUACGGGAACCACCGAGACAGCUGGGUACACGGAGCGAUCGAUCCAAGCAGUGGGACAGCAGUAAUGCUGGAGAUAACCAGGGUCCUUGGAAAAAACUUAAAACAAGGUAAGUGGCGUCCUCGGAGGUCCAUCAUUUUCGGAAGCUGGGGAGCAGAAGAAUUUGGUCUCAUCGGGUCAACAGAAUUUGCAGAGGAAUAUUACAGCAAGUUGAGAGACAGAACAGCGGCCUACAUUAAUGUGGACAUCUCAGUUUUUGCCAACGCUUCACUUAGAGCCCAAGGAACCCCCCCUGCCCAGAGCGUCAUCUUUUCUGCAUCCAAACAGGUCCAAACAUCCCAGGACGCCUCGCUCUCCGUCUACGAGAACUGGAAGAAUCACUACAACCGAAGCAGCCCUCGAUACGGGAUCAUACCCCAGUUGGGGUCCUUGGGAUCGGGCAGUGACUAUGCCCCCUUUCUUCAUUACCUGGGGAUAACCUGCAUGGACAUUGCCUAUACUUACGACAGGAGAGUAACCUCAGCCAGGAUAUACCCUGCUUACCACACGGCAUUUGACACCUUUGACUAUGCGUCCAGGUAUAUCGAUCCAGGCUUCACCAGUCACCAGAUGGUAGCGCGCACGGCGGGCAACGUCCUCCUUCGGUUAUCCGACAGCCUUAUCCUCCCUCUGGGAGCGAAAGACUAUGUGGAGCUCCUGGAAGAUUAUUACAAGAAAGCAGAGGACAACUUUCAGGCCGUUCUCAGCCAUCACAAAAUCUCUCUAGAACCACUGAAAGUGGCUAUAAACAGGUACAAGGUGGCUUCCGAGACUUUGGAAGAAACCAUUAGAAACCUAAAAGAUGCCGAUAAGAUGCCGCUUCAAAUCCGGAUGAUAAAUGACCAGCUCAUGCUCUUGGAACGAGCGUUUGUUAACCACAUGGCCUUCCCUGAUAAAUUAUAUUACAGCCAUGUUAUCUGGGCAUCGCGUAGCUCCAGCGUGGUCACCUUCCCAGGCCUGGCAGAUGCCUACCAAAAUGCCGUCACCAGGAACGCGACAGAAGACUGGGGAAACGUCCACCGGCACCUAACGAUCGCAAUCCAGGCCGUGGAGAAUGCGGCAUCCACCUUAGAGGCGGCCGCUAACGUCUAGAGUAUUCUCCUCCAACUGGUGACCCGUUGUUCCUCCAUGCAGAAAACAAGAAAGAUUUUAAUAAUUAUUAAAUAAUUGUUCAGACG